AUGAAAGCCAAAGUUUCAUUGCUCCGUGGACAAGAAUGUUUUCCCUUCAAAUCCAUUAUCAGCCAUGCCAUGGCUUGCACUCGGCUUGAUCCCUUUUCCAACGAACAACAACAACAGCACGACCUUUCGAAUCAUUCCUUCUUUUCUCUCUUUCUAUUCGGAGGUCAAACGGAUAACAAACGAAGCAAUGCCUUGUAUGAAAUUAAAAUCGGAGGACCUCUCAAUGAGCAAGAUCAUCUUGAUGAAGGAGAACACAAUACAUCCUCCUGUUUGUUAUUGCAAGAAAAUUUACAAAAAAGGAAAUUAAUGACUUCUUCCAUCAUGAUUCAUCAGGUUGAAAAAAUUGAAAGCACUUCUUCCCCAAUGCCAUCUGCUCGAUCGCAUCAUUCAAUGAUUUUUAGAAAACCCAACCAUGAACAUUUAGAAGGAUCUUUAGUGGUCUUUGGUGGUCAAGAUGCACAAUUUAAAGCUUUGGGAGAUUUAUUUGAAUUUGACAUUGCCACUCGAACAUGGACACAACAUUUGGAGACCAAUCGUCAAACGAAUUCAAUCACAUCUUUACAGAAUAAUAAUAAUACUAGUGGAGAAGUGAUCCUUUGGCCUUCGAAGAGAUAUGGUCAUUCUAUGGUUUAUCGUUCCAGUGUGGAUUCGAUUGUGAUUUAUGGAGGAAUUGAUACCAUGAAUCGAACCAUUCAAGAUUGUUUUGAGUAUAGUUUUGAAAGUCGAAAAUGGAAAAAACUUGAAAUUGGACUUCAUAGUAAGUCCACAUCCUUGUCACUUGCCAAUGUUCCAAGUACAGAUCUGAAUAGUUUAAGACCAAGAGCCAAUCACAGUGCUGUCAUUCAUAACAAAUCUUCAUCAAAAUUUCUUCAAUUACAUGCUCUCGGUCAGGACAAUAAUGAAGAAACAUCUGACACGAUGAUUAUUUUCGGUGGAAAUAAUGAAGAAACAUAUUUCAAUGACAUGUUCUCGAUCAAUUUAGACAAUUUGACAACAAAAUCCAUUUUCACCUCGACUCGAUCCAAUCUCGUUUUUCCACGAAUCAAACACACCUCCAUGAUUCUAAGAGGAGAGAAAAUUCUAAUAUUCGGUGGAAGUUUAAAUUACAGCUAUGGUCUCGAUAAAACCAAUGUUGCAAAAGGAUUUUUCAUGAAUGUCAUGGGAACUGUGGCACCAAGAGCAAGUAUCGAUGCGUCUCUCAUUGCUGGAGCAACGAAAAACAAUCCAAUCGAGUUGCAAUAUGACAUGGACAAUACUGGUCUAUCUUUGGAAGAAGAGAACAAGUAUUCCUUUGGAGAUAUUUCACAUCAUUCGACAUGUGCCAUUUCACCAAGUAGUUUCAUUCUUGUAGGAGGUCAAUUGAAUAGUGAGAAAAAAACAGGUACUUUUAAGAAUGACAAGAUUUGGCUUUUCCAUUUGAACGACGUUGAAGAAGUAUUGAGCCGUGUGGGAACGGAACAAGAUUAUGUGAAUUUUGGAACACUGUUUCACAAACGAAUGCAAGACACAUUUGGAGAUUACAUUCCUAUUGGAUGUGACAUUAAGGUCAAGGUUCUAAAUGAAAAGACCUUUUAUCUUCACAAAUUUAUGCUUUCCCGAUUUUCCUAUUUCAGAGAAUUGAUUGAGAAAUUACAAGAUAAUGAAACACAUCAGUCUUCAUUCAAUCACGGGGAGAACAUUUCAGAAUUACAUUUAAGCAAUCUCUCUGUCGACACAUUUAGUCACAUUGUCGAUUACUUGUAUGGCAUGGAUCCUCCAAUUUUUAACAAUCGAGAAGAAAUGGUUCGUCUCAAUACUUUUUGUGAACAACACAACAUGCCAUCCAUCUGCGAGUACAUUCAUGGAAAGAUUUAUACGUUUGAAGAUGAUUAUUUAUUACCAUCUCCUGCUAAACAAUUAAUUGCAUUUUUGAGAGAUGUUUUCAAAGGAAAAUAUCCAGAAUUAUACAAGUAUUUCACAACGACCAUACGAUUGAUAUUUACAAGUACAAAUACUGUGUUGAAGGAAGGAGGAGAGGAAGAGGAACAGAUUUCACAAAUGGAAGAUUCAACAAGAACAACAUUUCAUGACAUUCGAGUUCCAAUGCCAAUUUUAGUCACCAAUGAUUUUUUCCAUGCCUGUGUUCGAGAUUUGUGGUUGAAAAAACGACAUCAACAUGUUGGCGAUGAUCGAGUACUUGAUUUUAAUGUCAACAACAAUGAUCAUUCCCAACAAUUUUUAAUUGAAAUUGACAACACAAUAUUUCCAUAUUUGGAUGACCCUUACAUUCCCAUCAUUGAAGAAUACAUUUCAACACUCUUUGGAAUUGACGCUCGAAUUCAUUCUGCAGAAGAUGACACUCUCAUUGCUCAACUCAUUCAACUCUAUCUCGUUAGUAAUGUUUUUAGUGACACCAUGUUGGAACAAGAAAUUAUUUCACGAUGUAAGAAGAGAAUUUCAUUUGAAAAUGCAUUUCAAUUGUUAUGUUUUGCUCAUCAACAUCCUUCGCCGAAUGAUGUGUUUUUUAUUUAUAAGGAAUGUAUUCGAGUUUUGAAAGAUGUCUUACCAAGUGCUGAUGUGGACAAAAUUGUGCAAUUACUACAGUUGGAAAUUUCACAAGAUGAAUCGUGUUGA